GUGGAGCCAGCGCGGAAUCCGCUGCCGCUUCCUUUCCUCCCUCUCGCUCGCCCCCCUCCUUUUUUUCCCCCACAACCAAUUUUCUGAUCGAUGCUGGGAUUCAAGGAGUGAAUCUCAGAACAGGAAGCAGGCGAAGAGACUACAGAAUACUGCAGAGGCGCCUUUGUUGCUUUUAUGGGGAGGUUUAUUUCUUUGCUUUUUCAUUUCAGUGAAAUCAAGAGUUUACAAGCUUCUUUGCCCAGGAACCUGUACCUGCAGUAGAAGGAGCCUCUCAUCAUCUAUCUACAAGUGUAUGGAUAUUUCUUAUGCUAUGAUUUUUAAUCCUCUUUUAAUCAGCACAUUUUUUAUGAGAGAAGCUAAACAGUAAUUAAGAGGUGCAGGAUGAAAAGAUGGCACAAUCAGUGCUGGUACCACCAGGACCCGACAGCUUCCGCUACUUCACAAGAGAGUCACUUGCAGCUAUUGAACAGCGUAUCAAUGAAGAGAAAGCUCAGAAAUCCAAACAAGAGCGCAAAGAUGAUGAUGACGAAGAUGGCCCGAAGCCAAACAGUGACUUGGAGGCAGGAAAGACACUGCCAUUUAUUUAUGGUGACAUACCUCCAGGAAUGGUGUCCGAGCCCUUGGAAGACCUGGACCCAUAUUAUAUCAAUAAAAAAACCUUUAUAGUAUUAAAUAAAGGGAAGGCAAUAUUCCGAUUCAGUGCCACCUCUGCCCUGUACAUGUUAACUCCUUUCAAUCCUCUUAGAAAAAUAGCUAUUAAGAUUUUGGUACAUUCAUUAUUCAGCAUGCUUAUCAUGUGCACUAUUUUGACCAACUGCGUAUUUAUGACCAUGAGUAACCCUCCAGACUGGACAAAGAAUGUAGAAUACACAUUCACUGGAAUUUAUACCUUUGAAUCACUUAUUAAAAUUCUUGCAAGGGGCUUCUGUUUAGAAGAUUUUACGUUUCUCCGUGACCCAUGGAAUUGGCUAGAUUUCACUGUCAUUACAUUUGCGUAUGUAACAGAAUUUGUAAACCUAGGCAAUGUUUCAGCUCUUCGAACUUUCAGAGUAUUGAGAGCUUUGAAAACUAUUUCUGUAAUUCCAGAUAUGUGACAGAGUUUGUGGACCUGGGCAAUGUCUCAGCGUUGAGAACAUUCAGAGUUCUCCGAGCUUUGAAAACAAUAUCAGUCAUUCCAGGCCUGAAGACUAUUGUAGGAGCCCUGAUUCAGUCUGUGAAGAAGCUCUCGGAUGUGAUGAUCCUGACUGUGUUUUGUCUGAGUGUAUUUGCACUGAUAGGGCUGCAGCUGUUCAUGGGCAACCUGAGGAAUAAAUGCCUGCAGUGGCCUCCAGACAAUUCUACUUUUGAAACAACUGUUAUUUCCAUCUUUAAUAGUUCCAUAGGUGAAAAUGGUACAUUUAUUAAUGCAACAAUGACAACAUUUAACUGGGAUGAAUACAUCGAAGACAAAAGUCAUUUCUACUUCUUGGAAGGACAAAAUGAUGCUCUGCUGUGUGGCAAUAGCUCAGAUGCAGGUCAAUGUCCAGAAGGAUAUAUAUGUGUGAAAGCUGGUAGAAACCCCAACUAUGGCUACACAAGUUUUGAUACAUUCAGUUGGGCAUUCUUGUCACUGUUUCGAUUGAUGACUCAGGACUUUUGGGAGAAUCUUUACCAGCUGACUCUGCGUGCUGCUGGGAAGACAUACAUGAUAUUUUUUGUUUUGGUCAUUUUCCUGGGUUCUUUCUACCUGAUAAACUUGAUCCUGGCUGUGGUCGCCAUGGCCUAUGAAGAACAGAAUCAAGCAACAAUGGAAGAAGCUGAGCAGAAAGAGGCAGAAUUUCAGCAAAUGCUGGAACAACUGAAAAAACAACAGGAAGAAGCUCAGGCGGCGGCGGCAGCUGCGGCAGCUGACUCAAGAGAUUAUAGUGGAGUAGGUGGAAUAGGUGGAUUCUCCGAAAGUUCUUCUGAGGCAUCAAAACUGAGCUCAAAGAGUGCUAAAGAGAGAAGGAAUAGAAGAAAGAAAAAAAAGCAAAAAGAACAGUCUGAAGGCGAGGAGAAGGAUGGGGAAGAAUUUCACAAAUCUGAAUCAGAGGACAGCAUCAAAAAGAAAGGUUUCCGAUUUUCCAUUGAGGGGAAUAGACUGACAUAUGAAAAGAGAUUCUCUUCCCCACACCAGUCUUUGCUGAGCAUUCGUGGCUCCCUGUUUUCCCCAAGGCGCAACAGCAGAACAAGUCUUUUCAGCUUCAGAGGUCGAGCAAAGGAUGUAGGAUCAGAAAAUGACUUUGCUGAUGAUGAGCACAGCACUUUUGAAGACAAUGAGAGCAGAAGAGAUUCUCUCUUUGUUCCUCAUAGACAUGCAGAACGGCGCAACAGUAACAUUAGCCAGGCCAGUAGGUCAUCCAGAACAUUACCUGCACUUCCAGCAAACGGGAAGAUGCACAGCACUGUGGACUGCAAUGGAGUGGUUUCCUUGGUUGGUGGGCCGCCAGCUUUGACAUCACCUACAGGACAGCUUCUGCCAGAGGUGAUGAUUGAUAAAGCAGCCACUGCUAGCAAUGGCACUACUACAGAAACUGACUUAAGAAAGAGACACUCUAGUUCUUACCAUGUUCCUAUGGACUACCUAACAGAUCCAAGUGCAAGGCAAAGAGCAAUGAGUAUAGCCAGCAUGCUUACAAACACAAUGGAAGAACUGGAAGAAUCCAGACAGAAAUGUCCGCCAUGCUGGUAUAAAUUUGCUAACACUUGCUUGAUUUGGGACUGCUGUACUCCCUGGCUGAAAGUCAAACAUAUUGUAAAUUUAAUUGUGAUGGACCCAUUUGUUGAUCUGGCCAUUACCAUCUGCAUUGUCCUGAACACCCUGUUCAUGGCCAUGGAACACUACCCAAUGACAGAACAGUUUAGUGGUGUGCUUUCAGUAGGAAACCUUGUGUUUACUGGAAUUUUCACAGCAGAAAUGUUUCUCAAGAUAAUUGCCAUGGAUCCUUAUUAUUAUUUCCAAGAGGGCUGGAAUAUUUUUGAUGGUUUUAUUGUGAGUCUUAGUUUAAUGGAACUUGGCCUUGCAAAUGUAGAAGGAUUAUCUGUUCUUCGAUCGUUCCGAUUGCUUCGAGUUUUCAAAUUGGCAAAAUCUUGGCCAACCCUAAAUAUGCUGAUUAAGAUUAUUGGCAACUCAGUGGGAGCUCUGGGGAAUCUGACCCUGGUGCUGGCCAUCAUUGUGUUCAUUUUUGCUGUGGUUGGGAUGCAGCUCUUCGGGAAGAGCUACAAGGAAUGUGUCUGCAAGAUCUCCAGUGACUGUGAACUUCCACGCUGGCACAUGCAUGACUUUUUCCACUCUUUCCUGAUUGUAUUCCGAGUGCUGUGUGGAGAAUGGAUAGAAACCAUGUGGGACUGCAUGGAGGUUGCAGGCCAAACCAUGUGCCUUACAGUCUUCAUGAUGGUCAUGGUGAUUGGAAACCUAGUGGUACUCAACCUAUUUCUGGCCUUGCUGCUGAGCUCAUUUAGUUCAGACAACCUUGCUGCUACCGACGAUGAUAAUGAAAUGAACAAUCUCCAGAUUGCUGUGGCAAGGAUUCAGAAAGGCAUAGAUUAUGUGAAGAGAAAAGUGCGUGAAUUCAUCCAAAAAGCUUUUGUUAGAAAACAGAAAGUUUUAGAUGAAAUCAAACCUCUUGAAGACCUAAACAAUAAAAAAGACAGCUGUAUUUCCAACCAUACAAUAGUAGACAUAGGUAAAAACCUUGCCUAUCUCAAAGAUGGGAAUGGAACUACCAGUGGCAUAGGCAGCAGUGUGGAAAAAUAUGUUGUUGAUGAAAGUGAUUACAUGUCAUUCAUAAACAACCCAAGUCUCACCGUGACAGUGCCCAUUGCUGUUGGAGAAUCAGAUUUUGAAAAUUUAAACACAGAGGAGUUCAGCAGUGAAUCAGACCUGGAAGAAAGCAAAGAGAAAUUGAAUGCAUCCAGUUCAUCAGAAGGCAGCACAGUUGAUAUUGGACUACCUCCAGAAGGUGAACAGCCAGAAGCAGAACCUGAAGAAGUUUUAGAGCCAGAAGCUUGUUUUACAGAAGGGUGUGUACGGAGAUUCAAAUGCUGUCAAGUCAGUGUAGAAGAAGGAAAGGGGAAAAUCUGGUGGAAUCUUAGGAAAACCUGCUAUAAGAUUGUUGAACACAACUGGUUUGAGACCUUCAUAGUCUUCAUGAUUCUUCUCAGCAGCGGUGCUCUGGCAUUUGAAGAUAUCUACAUAGAGCAACGUAAAACUAUCAAGACCAUGCUGGAAUAUGCUGACAAAGUUUUCACCUAUAUCUUCAUCCUGGAAAUGCUUUUAAAAUGGGUUGCUUAUGGCUUUCAAACCUAUUUCACUAAUGCAUGGUGCUGGCUGGAUUUCCUGAUUGUUGAUGUCUCUUUGGUUAGCUUAACAGCUAAUGCCUUGGGCUACUCAGAACUUGGUGCGAUUAAAUCCCUUAGGACACUAAGAGCUUUGAGACCUCUAAGAGCCUUGUCGCGAUUUGAAGGGAUGAGGGUUGUGGUGAAUGCCCUGUUAGGAGCAAUUCCAUCUAUAAUGAAUGUGCUUCUUGUUUGCCUUAUAUUCUGGCUGAUAUUUAGUAUCAUGGGAGUAAAUCUAUUUGCUGGAAAGUUUUACUACUGUGUUAACACCACAACUGAUGAGAGAUUCGAUAUCAGCCAAAUUAACAACUUCAGUCAAUGUGAGGAGCUCAUACAAAACAAUGAAACUGCCCGGUGGAAGAAUGUGAAGGUUAACUUUGACAAUGUAGGCCUUGGUUACCUUUCUCUGCUCCAAGUGGCGACAUUUAAAGGAUGGAUGGAUAUCAUGUAUGCAGCUGUGGAUUCUCGUAAUGUUUUGGAUCAGCCAAAGUAUGAAGAUAACCUGUACAUGUAUCUUUACUUUGUCAUCUUUAUCAUCUUUGGAUCAUUUUUUACCUUGAACCUUUUUAUUGGUGUCAUCAUAGACAAUUUCAACCAGCAGAAAAAGAAGUUUGGAGGUCAAGACAUUUUUAUGACAGAAGAACAGAAGAAAUACUACAAUGCAAUGAAAAAAUUGGGUUCAAAGAAACCACAAAAGCCUAUACCUCGACCAGCAAACAAAUUUCAAGGCAUGGUCUUUGAUUUUGUAACAAAACAAGCAUUUGAUAUCAGUAUCAUGAUACUUAUCUGCCUUAACAUGGUCACAAUGAUGGUAGAAACAGAUGAUCAGAGUGAAGACAUGGAAAACAUUUUAUAUUGGAUUAACCUGGUGUUUAUUGUCCUUUUCACUGGAGAAUUUGUCCUGAAAUUGAUUUCACUUCGUCAUUACUACUUUACUAUAGGUUGGAAUAUUUUUGAUUUUGUGGUUGUCAUUCUCUCCAUAGUAGGUAUGUUUUUGGCUGAGAUGAUCGAGAAGUACUUUGUAUCUCCCACACUAUUCAGAGUCAUCCGGCUUGCCAGAAUCGGUCGAAUCCUGCGCCUCAUUAAAGGCGCUAAGGGAAUCCGCACUCUGCUCUUCGCUUUGAUGAUGUCUCUUCCUGCUCUGUUCAACAUUGGGCUGCUGCUCUUCCUGGUCAUGUUCAUCUAUGCGAUAUUUGGCAUGUCCAACUUUGCCUACGUCAAGAGGGAAGCUGGGAUUGAUGACAUGUUCAACUUUGAAACCUUUGGCAACAGCAUGAUCUGCCUAUUUCAGAUCACCACCUCCGCUGGCUGGGACGGUUUGCUCGCCCCAAUUCUCAACAGUGGGGAGCCAGACUGUGACCCCAACAAAGAUCAUCCAGGAAGCUCUGUGAAAGGUGACUGUGGCAACCCUUCUGUUGGGAUUUUCUUCUUUGUCAGCUACAUUAUCAUAUCCUUCCUGGUAGUGGUGAACAUGUACAUUGCUGUGAUUUUGGAGAACUUCAGUGUUGCUACUGAAGAAAGCGCCGAACCCUUGAGCGAGGAUGACUUUGAGAUGUUCUAUGAAGUCUGGGAGAAGUUUGAUCCCGAUGCAACACAAUUCAUAGAAUACAGUAAAUUAUCAGAUUUUGCAGCUUCAUUAGAUCCACCUCUUCUCAUAGCAAAACCAAACAAAGUCCAGCUGAUUGCAAUGGAUCUGCCCAUGGUGAGCGGUGACAGAAUUCACUGCCUUGACAUCUUGUUUGCUUUCACAAAGCGUGUUUUGGGGGAAAGUGGGGAGAUGGACGCCCUCAGAAUACAGAUGGAAGAUCGGUUUAUGGCAGCCAAUCCUUCCAAAGUCUCCUAUGAACCAAUUACAACCACACUGAAACGAAAGCAGGAGGAAGUGUCUGCUGUCAUCAUUCAGCGUGCUUACAGACGUCACCUCUUAAGGCAAAAAGUCAAAAAAGUAUCAUGUAUAUUUAGUCAGGAUAAAGGUAAAGAGGAAGAUGAUCUGCCCAUGAAAGAAGAUAUGAUUAUGGAAAAACUAAAUGAGAACUCCACUCCAGAAAAAACAGAUAUGACCCCAUCCACAACCUCCCCACCUUCUUAUGACAGUGUAACAAAGCCAGACAAGGAUAAAUAUGAAAAAGACAAGUCAGAAAAAGAAGAUAAAGGUAAAGACAGCAGGGAAAGUAAAAAGUAAUAUAGAACACUGUUUGUAAUAAACUGUUUACAGCCUGAAAAAGUAUGUUUUUGUGUCAACAGGACUCCUGUAGGAGGUACAUGCCAAACUGUCAGUUUUUACAUAUAUAGAUAUAUAUAUGAUUAUAUAUAUAUAUAUAUAUAUAUAUAAGGUCAGUGCCUAUAGCAAGACAGUGACCCCUCGUCAUCAAACUGCAACUCUGUAAAACAGGGUAACAUCUUGACAGGAGGUUGUUGUUUUUAGUACCAGCUGAUACUGCUGAAGAGAUGAUAAAAUGGCCAACCAGACUGUAGGGACCAGUUGAAAAAAAAAAGGUGCAAACCUAUGAAUCUAUGUGUUUAACAUGAAACACACACUACAGAAAUUGUAUCCACUGUUAGCAUUUCAACAGUCACAUUUGCCAUAUUUUUACAAAGAUCAGUGUUGGUGAACUUAUCAUUUUUUAAUUCACAGGUUGUUUACUAUUAUAUGUGACUAUUUUUGUAAAUGGGUUUUAUGUUGGGGAAGGGGGUAUGAGGACCAGGUGUUCUACUCUCGGAUUCUCUAUAAUGUACAAACAGAAGUGAUUUGCAUGAAGGCAUGCUGCACUUGUAGUUCAUGCAUGGGAAAACAUGACGUCGCACAAAGCAGCAGUCUGACUACUUCCAUGUUUCAGGGUGGCUCUGUAUGUUGAGGUGCUUAAUAACAGUAUCCAUCUAGUAUCUCAUCCAGACAAAUCUUAAUGUGCCUGUAAAGUCCCAUAGAGUCUACAAUAAUAGAACAGAUGUUUAUUUUUUCAUAAGUCAUUUAACAGUAGUUGAACAAUCUCUGCAUAAAAAUUUUACUGAGGGACAUAGCGUCCACUUCUAAGUAUUCUUCUGCGAAAAACAGUUUACCUGACCUUGGGAAAUUGAGUUUACCAAAAACGUGCAAAACAUAAGGAUUAUGAAGUUGUUCUGCUUCACCCUGCAGUAUCAUUUAGCCAUCUUCUGCUCUCAGCAAGGUUGACAUUGUAUGUGUUGAUUAAAAAAGUACCCUCUAUGUAAAUAGUUAUUUUAUCCCGUGGUGCAUGUUUGAGCAAACAAAUAAUGACGUGCACAAUAUUUAUUGCAUCAAAUAUGUACCACAGUAAGUGUAAUUUGCAAUCUCUCAACAGCUAAUAUGAAGUAUUCUGUACCAUUAUAGACAGUUUGGAAGCUAUCACUGAUGCAUGUUUAUCUUGCCUUUGCUGCUGUAAUUUUACUCCUUCCACUGUUAAGAGUCUAAUAUGGGAAGCCAUAACUCAGUGGUCAAGUGAAAUAAAUUGUUCAAUUGGUCAUCAUUCUUCCACGACAUCAAGCAAUAGUUUGCAGUUAUUUAAGAGCUUCUUGCUUUGCAUUCUAAAAUUUUAGGUGACUACUGUACGGUGCAUAAUCAGACUGUACAGGAUAUGUUGCAAACUGCUUAAUCUGUUGAAAACUACAUGGAUAGAAUUUUCUAAGAAAAUAUAAAUACUGUAAAAAAUACCAUUUUAUUUUAUUUUUCAGCAUUUUGUACAUAAACUAAGAAAUGAGAAUUAUCUUCAGGUUGAUGUUACUGUCACUUUUAUUACUUUCUAUCCAUAGCACUUUUUAAUUCAAGAACUUCACAAAAUAAGAAACAAAGGAAAGAAAGGGGUAGCUUUAGGUUUCUGCUUUUUUAUUAGUACUGUAUUUUUGCACACAUUUUAAUGUGAAAUAAGUUUCAAACUGAGUCCAAAAUGCACUUGCUUCCAAAUAGAUAUAACUUGUAAUUGAAAUGUGGUGAGGAGGAUUUGUUUAAGAUUCUAGCACUGCCUGCAUCAGAAGUUUCAAGGUAGUCUUUUUAUUCAUGAAAUCUUUACCAGUGUUUGUUUACAUAGACUAUUCUAAUUCUUGUUGAUUCAUGCUGCACUAGAACUGUUCUAAAUAUAAUAUGGGAUCCACAAUGUUUUUUUUUUUUUUCCACAGGAAUUAAAUAGCAAACUUGUAUAAUUGAUCACAUCAGGACAUUUUGUGUUUCUUACACAAGCAAAAAUUCGAUGUUGACUCCUCCUUUUACAAAAAUAUUGACAUGUGUGUCAGUGAACUGCAUGCAGGAAAAUGCUAUUACCAUAAAGAACAGUAAACCACAUUACAGUUGAGCCAAAAGAAUAAAGACUUCAUUUUUUAUUGUA